CUGAGCAGUUGUGGUUUCAGAACAGGUUACACAACAGAAGUGAAGUUUUUUCAAAAUUUUGGUGGAUUUACUUGUUUGGAAAAAAUAAUUUUUUUCGUAAAAUUUCUAACCGUGCGGUUUUUCCAUGUUGGUAAAUAUGGAGGGUGGUGACGAAAGUGGGCGUCGGAGUCGAGGCCAAACACCGGAUCGGUUGGAUGCCACUGUUACAACCAAAGGUGGGGGUGGUGGGCGAAGUAAUCCGCACAGUCGGAGGGGUUCACAUCUCUUGGUCGCUGCCGGAAUUGGGAUCGAGCAGAGGAGGAAAUUAUCCCAACAGAAUGCAGAGGCGCACGGGAAAGUUUUCCAGAGGGGGAAUCAGGUCUUCAUCGAGGAUAAAGACGGAAAUGUGACGAGGCUGGAAGUCGUCGAGGUUCAUGAAAAGAUGGGCCUCUUACGAAAAUCUGUGCCCACGCUGCCACUCUUUUUUGCCAUUAUUUUCUGCCUCCUUAACACAAUUUUGCCAGGAACAGGGACAAUUCUUGGGGCCUUAAGUCUAUUUUGCUGUGGAAAAUGUCGUCACGAAAAAGUCUCUCGGGGAGUCAAGUAUGGCUUUGUUGCUGCUAUUUUGCAAAUCGUCACCGCAGUUUUUAUCGUCGGAUGGAUUUACAGUAUUUACUAUGGCGUCACGAUGGUCCAAGAUUCUUUACUAAAAGGAGCUGGUGCAACUGUGGAGCCGAUAAGUGAAGAUGUUGAGAAUAAUAAAAAUAACACGGACCCCUCACAACAUCCGCAAUCUACGUAAAAAUGUGCUAAAACAAUGUAUUUCUAUUUUCUUCAUAAAUAAAAUACUAUCAAAUUUUCAUAAGAUUUCUAAGGACUUUGGCAAUCCAGAAAGACAAGUGCAUACCUUGCCCAAUCACGUGUAAUCUGAUAACGAUAUGAUAUCAGUUCAUGAAAACAGCGAAAGCUUCAUGAACGUACUGGAUAAAACUAUUCUUGUUUUUCCCUCAUUCCCAUAUUUUACUAAGCCCUUUUGUGUAUCGGUGGUGUCAAGGUAUGCAGAAAUACCAAUUUUAAUCUAACAGACAUACAUUUCAUAGUUUUUCAGAAAAAAAAGUUUUGAUGAAAUAUUUUACCCAUUUGUCGUGCCAAAUGUUGUGUCAACUAAUUCCAAUCACUUGUACAGAAUAGUUUUUUGAUGAUGUAUGAUGAUGUAUAGUUUUUUGCGCUAAUUAUUUCUUCACACCUAAUAAAACCACUUAUUUAUAUAUUCCCAGCAGUUGGUAUGUAGAAGAGAAGCAGACAUCCUGUUUUUAUGAUAUAAGUUUAUACAUACAUAUCUAUUAAAAAUAUUGUACUUUGUAAUUACUUGGGAUCCGUUCAAUGUUGUAAAAACUAAAUGAUCGUUUUGUUGGUAAAAAUAAAGACCAUCUACUCAUGACUAAAAUUGUAAAAA